AUGGGAGAAAUGCCCCCCGAGCACCAAAAGUUGCAACGACCCAACUUCCUGGUGAUUGUGGCUGACGACCUCGGAUUCAGCGACUGUGGUUGCUUUGGCUCUGAAAUCCUGACGCCGCACAUAGACAAACUUGCCCAAGAUGGUCUUCGCUUCACGUCGUUCCAUGUGGCCGCGGCGUGCUCACCAACGCGUGCCAUGCUUAUGACAGGCACCGACCACCACUUGACCGGCCUGGGACAGCUGGCAGAGUUUGUGCGUACGUCGCCCGCUCACCAAGGCCAGCCAGGACACGAGGGUUACUUGUUGGAUAGCGUCGCAGCCCUGCCCGAGCUCCUGCAAGACUGCGGCUAUCACACCAUUAUGAGCGGGAAAUGGCACCUGGGCUUGAAAAGUGAGCAUGGGCCGGCCGCCCGUGGGUUUGAUAAGUCGUACGCUCUAUUACCGGGAUGUGCAAACCACUAUGGAUACGAACCACAGUACGAAGACUGCGUGAAUGAACCUCCCCCUUUUUUUGAGACUGCCGUCACAGCCCUACACGCGGAAGAUGGACAAUACGUGAAAACCACGCCAGAGGGAUUUUAUUCGUCCGACUUCUAUGCCGACAAAUUGAUCGACUAUCUCGAACAGUGGAAAGACGAUGACCAAGAGAAACCAUUCUUUGCUUACCUCCCGUUCUCGGCCCCUCACUGGCCGCUGCAGGCUCCUAAAUCCUCGGUGGACAAAUAUCAAGGGCUUUAUAAGGAUGGGCCUUCAGCCUUGCGCUUGCAACGCUUGCAGCGGCUGACGAAGAUGGGAUUGUUCCCUGAAGACGCGGUACCACACGAGGUGGUCACAAUAGAGGGCGAACCAAAAGAGUGGGAGGACCUGUUGCCAGAAGAACGUGAGAAGUCGGCUAGAGCGAUGGAAGUCUUCGCCGGUAUGGUGGACCGGAUGGACGAAUGCAUCGGCAGAGUGAUCGACUAUCUAAAGCGCGUCAACGAAUACGACAACACAUAUAUCAUGUUCAUGUCGGAUAACGGGGCCGAAGGUGCCAGCUAUGAGGCAUUCCCUAUUGUGGGCGACCAGGUGGUGGCCCACAUUGAGAAAUACUACGACAACUCUCUCGAGAAUAUUGGAAGAGCCAACUCGUUCGUGUGGUACGGCGCCAGGUGGGCCCAGGCCGCCACAGCCCCAGGACGAUUGUACAAGAUGUAUUCUACUGAAGGAGGCUGUCGAGUCCCGCUUGUUGUAAAACCCGCGGGUCCCGUCGCGCAGACGGCCGGCAUGGUUACAAACAGCUUCUGCACUGUCAUGGAUGUCGUGCCCACAAUACUGGAGCUUGCCGGGACCGCUCACCCGGGAAGCGAAUACAAGGGCCGACCUGUCGAGAAGCCGCUUGGAAAGAGCUGGGUCGAAUUCCUCGGCGCAGUGCGAUCUCCUCCCGGGGAUAUCACGAGUCUAACCAUCCACGAUGAAGACCAAGUCACGGGCUGGGAGGUCGCCGGCAGCGGCGCUCUCCGAAAAGGCCGCUAUAAAAUCACUUUUGUACCACUUCCCCGCGGGCCCCAACGAUGGGAACUGUUCGACAUCAUUGCCGACCCGGGGGAAACACGAGAUUUGGCUGUCGACCAACCACAGCUUUUGGAGGAAAUGAUCCAAGCGUGGGAAAGGUACAAGAGUGAAGUCGGCGUCGUAGGUUUGGCGGGCGAGUUUCAGAAAGGCGGUCAACCGGUCGACGAGUUCGAGGACUAUGGCAAAUGCAUUCGGUUUGUUGGUAAAGACCCCAAAAAGGUACCUUCUCAUCUCCUGAAGCUCGUUCCCCCAUGA